AUAAAUUGUCACAUAUCUGCUACAUUCACACUCAUUAUUUUCUAGAUAAAGAUUAAAAAAUAAAAAUGUCAGCAGUAGGACGAGUGUUUACACAAAAUCUUUUAAAAAAUUAUCAUACUUUUAAAACCUUAGGAAAACAGGCAAGAUGUCUUGGAACACAAGCACCGGAAAAUAAAACAACUGAAACCGACAAAGGAUCUGAUAAAAAUAAUGAUGACGUUCUUGGUUUUUCAAAACCUCAAGAUCGUGGUCCACAGGAGUAUCGAUUUAUUUAUCCCGAGUUUUUACCAGACCCAGCACCAGAGCAUCGUAAUUAUCUGAGAGAAAGAUUAGAACGUAUGGAUAUGCUGUCAAGGAGAAAAUUUGUUGAUAUUCCGGAGUUUUAUGUCGGCUCGAUACUUGCUGUCACUUAUUCAGAGCCGCAUGCUCCAGGAAAAUCAAAUAGAUUUGUUGGGAUUUGUAUUCAACGAACUGGUUGUGGUUUAAGAGCUGCUUUUAUACUCAGAAAUGUCGUUGACCAUCAGGGAGUGGAAGUACGUUAUGACAUGUAUGAUCCAGCUAUUCAAAAAAUAGAAUGUCUAAGGCUUGAAAAAAGAUUAGAUGAUGAAUUGUUUUAUCUGAGAGAUGCACCCAAUGAAUUUAGUACAUUUCCAUUUGACAUGGAUACGGAAUAUCUGCCAGAGGGGACCCCAGUUCCCGUUAAUAAAACUAUAGUGCCUUUGAAACCAUUACCUUGGGGUGCUAAGUGGGAACAAUCAAAUAUGAAAGGAUUGUCUGCUAAUUUCAGUUUAUUGUCUGCAAAUCGGUUGAGGAAACGCGAUGUCAGUGCUAAGCCCUGGGAGAAAUAUGAUCUUAUGAAAAUUUACAGGGAAACUAUUCCUGAUGAAGAACAACAAGCCAUUUAUUCAGAAGUCUACACGAAACUGCACAGCCUAGAGAUAUCAAGAAAGAAAUUGAAACGUAAACGUGGUUUCCUUCGUCCAACCAAAAAAGCGUAAUUUUGUUUCAUUGUAUUUUUUUUUUUUAAUAU